UCUGACAACAAUGAUACUGUAACUGAGGUACCUACUGUGCUUGAGGUGCCUACUGUGACACUGACUGUUGUGGAAAAUGCAACCUCAUUUGAUAUACGACAGAUUUUGGAGGGAUGCGCACAUGGGUCUUCCAUUUUCUCGUCUUUGGAACGAAACCACAACUUAUGUCUUGAAGACAGAAGAAAAAUGGUUCGCAUUUUGGUGUCCCAUUUAAUGGAGAAGUUUGGAGAAUAUCCAUCACCAGACCGAAAAAAAGAGCUAGCUCUGGCCCUGGUCACACAAUUCCCAUGCCUUAGAGAUUCAGAGGGCAGUGGAUAUGGAGUAUGGUAUACACCAGGGCGAUACCGCCAUCCAGCCACAGGGUUUUUGGAGGAACGACUCCGUAACAUCAGAAAGCGCCUCCACAGUCACAGUUCAGCAUCAGCACAGCGAUCACAGACCACAAAUGAGCGCCGAGCUACUGUGACUGAUCGCAUCACUUUAUUGCCAGACACAGAAGUGAGUGAGGCAGACAAUAGCAAAAUGACAGAGUGGCUUAAGAAGAGUAAGCAACCAGUUAGUCAAGUUGAGGAAUUUAUGAGAGGAACCGCUAUCUACCGAGCACAGUGGAUUAGAGAAAAUGGAUCAAAAUCUCUAAUGGAUAUAACUCAAGAGUAUCCAAGACUUUUGGACACCCCUGGAAUGAUUGCUCAGGACUUCGGUAUUUUAUACCCACAUGCCAAAGACAAACUUUUUGAGAUCUGGGGACAUGCAUCUCAACGAAUACUUUCAUAUUGCAAGACGGAGAAGAGAGCUUUGGAUCUUCUUCCACUUCAAACUAACAUUUCUUCUGACACUCUUGGAGAUGUUGCUUUAAAAACUCUCCCAGCUAUCCUUCCUCCAUUGCCAUACAAAAUUGGCAGCAAGAUGGUUCGGCCCUCUUACCAGGAGGCAAAAGAAGCAUUCGUUGAUUUGCAGCCUGUUGGGACAAACAUCAUUCAGUACUUGGAGGAGGAGGAACAACGGAGACAAUUCCCUCAUGUCCUGCAGCUUGGGGAUAAAGUCAAUUGCUCUCAAGCCUUCGUAAUUGUGGGAGGAGUGGCACUGGAGCAAGACAGCCUUUUGCAAGCUGUUGAUACAUGCUUUAAAUUAUUUUAUGUUUUGGACAUUGAAUAUCCCAAGCCUGCUGCUGCUGUUUGGCAGUUUCUACAACACACAAUAUAUUCUGUGCCAGGAGGUGUUCCAUCAACACACUGCCGCCUACUUAGGCAGUUUAUAAUUGGAUGAGGUGGACUAGCUUUUUGUUUGUUUGUCUGUUUUUUUUUUUGUUGUUGUUUUUUUGUGCUACCUGUUUACAAUGUGUAAAACAGGUUGCAGAUACAUUACUUUGAAACAAUAUAUUUUUAUAUAUUAUUGCAUUUGCUGGACUGUAACACACAUUUAUUUAUUUCCCUGUAUUAUACACCCUAAAAUAUAAUUGCAAAUAAUUUAAUUUGUAACAAUAUAUAUAUAUUUUAAUAUUUCUGUGCAGUGUUCCCUCAACACAAUCGCCUUACAAGGCAACUUAUAAUUACAUUUGCUGGAAUAUAACUUUGUUUGGUUUAUUUAUUUGUUUGGUAAACUGA